ACAGUUUUGGCACCUCCCAGAAGCAAGAGCUACAGAGAGAGAAGUGGGAGAGGAACAACGUGCCCAGCAGAAGCCUCUCUCGGCGUUCCAUCAGCAGGGAGAGGUGGGUGGAGACACUGGUGGUGGCCGACACGAAGAUGGUCGAGUAUCACGGCAGUGAGAACGUGGAGUCCUACAUCCUCACCAUCAUGAACAUGGUCACUGGGUUGUUCCAUAACCCAAGUAUUGGCAACGCAAUUCACAUUGUCGUGGUUCGGCUCAUUCUCCUUGAAGAAGAAGAGCAAGGAUUGAAAAUAGUUCACCAUGCAGAGAAGACACUGUCGAGCUUCUGCAAGUGGCAGAAGAGCAUCAAUCCCAAGAGUGACCUCAACCCUAUCCAUCAUGAUGUGGCCGUCCUUCUCACCAGAAAAGACAUCUGUGCUGGCGUCAAUCGCCCCUGCGAGACCCUGGGUCUGUCUCACCUGUCGGGAAUGUGCCAGCCUCACCGGAGCUGUAACAUCAAUGAAGACUCUGGGCUCCCUCUGGCUUUCACAAUCGCCCAUGAGCUUGGACACAGCUUUGGCAUCCAGCAUGACGGGAAAGAAAAUGACUGUGAACCUGUGGGCAGGCAUCCCUACAUCAUGUCCCACCAGCUCCAGUACGACCCCACCCCGCUGACAUGGUCCAAGUGCAGCAAGGAGUAUAUCACCCGCUUCUUGGACCGAGGCUGGGGGUUCUGUCUUGAUGACACACCUAAAAAGAAAGGCUUGAAGUCCAAGGUGAUUGCCCCUGGAGUGAUCUAUGAUGUUCACCACCAAUGCCAACUACAGUAUGGCCCCAAUGCUACCUUCUGCCAAGAAGUAGAAAAUGUUUGCCAGACCCUGUGGUGCUCAGUGAAAGGCUUUUGUCGCUCUAAGCUGGACGCUGCUGCAGAUGGGACACAAUGUGGUGAGAAGAAGUGGUGCAUGGCUGGCAAGUGCAUCACAGUGGGCAAGAAACCAGAGAGCAUCCCUGGAGGCUGGGGCCGCUGGUCACCCUGGUCCCAUUGUUCCAGGACCUGUGGGGCCGGAGCCCAGAGUGCAGAGAGGCUCUGCAACAACCCUGAACCAAAGUUUGGAGGUAAAUACUGCACUGGAGAAAGAAAACGCUAUCGCUUGUGUAACGUCCACCCCUGUCGCCCAGAUGCACCAACAUUUCGGCAGAUGCAGUGCAGUGAAUUUGACACUGUUCCCUACAAGAAUGAAUUCUACCACUGGUUUCCAGUUUUUAAUCCAGCACAUCCUUGUGAGCUGUACUGCCGACCCAUAGACGGCCAGUUUUCUGAGAAAAUGCUGGAUGCUGUCAUUGAUGGUACCCCUUGCUUCGAAGGAGGAAACAGCAGAAAUGUCUGUAUUAAUGGCAUAUGUAAGAUGGUCGGCUGUGACUAUGAGAUUGAUUCCAACGCCACAGAGGACCGCUGUGGCGUGUGCCUUGGAGACGGCUCUGCCUGCCAGACAGUGAGGAAGAUGUUUAAACAGAAAGAAGGAUCUG